AACAAGAACACAUAAAAUGUUUAUUUAUUUCUUUGUCAAGAUCAAGGUCCAAGUAUUUCCAAUAUUAAACUGAAAACAAAAUAAUAACGAAACUAUACCACAUAAAUGUUCACUGACUUGUUGAUUUAUGAGAAUAAGAAGAUUGAAAGCGUGAUAAAUCACAAAAUGUCGGGAGAAACUCUGCGAUUUAACCAAUUAAAAAAUUUACAUUUGAGUAUGAGACCAGGUAGCCUGUUACACUUCUUCGUAUGGGUAAGCAAUCGAUGUAUUCUUCUCAAAUUGCUCACCAAAAAUGUUAAUUGAUACAUUCGUGAUGCUCUUGGUGACAUUCACCAUGGUUGUAAUGGUGAACAAAAUAAAAGCACUUUGUUUAUGGAUCACAGCACACAGCUGGUUGACUAUUGUCCUCAUACUGCUUGGAGCACUUCCAGUUCUCGUUCUCGGGUUACUCAAACUUCUUGGAUAUCGCCGUGAGAUUGAUCAUUUUUUCAUAGCAUUCAGUUUCUUACUAUGUUCGAUGGGUUUCACUACCAGGUUCCAUACUAUUGAUUUGGUACCUUCUUUGGCGGCAGCUGGUUCGAUGUUUGCAUUGACUGCAGUUGUGAUCUUCCUGGCUCUAUACCUGAGAAAUAUACAAUUUCAGUCAACCAUUAUACUUUUCUCACUUUUAUGUUCUUCGUUCCUGAUUGGACUUAUUUUGUUUAUUAUUGAAUUCAAUUUAAAAGAAACAAAACAGAAAGCACUGCUGAUUUCCAUUGGGGCCUGCUUCACUGUCACUAUGGCGUUAGCUAUUUUCUUGACGGUGAAUAGAAUACGUCUAUGCAUCUCAUAUAGAGAUGUAUAUUGUACAAUCAUAUUUCGAGCAUUCUGUUUAUGGUUGGAAAUGCUUUUAAUGUUUGCGGCAAUGUAUGCUCCUUUUGACAGUUCUGGGGAAUCAUGUUCAAACGCACAAGUGCACUAAUAUUUACAACUAAUAUUUACAACGUGAUAAUGAGAAAUAAUUUCUGAUAAAUAAAUAUUUAUAAAUUUGAAUCUCUUCAAGUUUUUCUUUGGUCACAUUCUGUGGAAAAUAUUAGUCUAUUGAAUAUUAAAUAU